AUGUCAAUCCAAGAAAUUAUAAAAAGUGAAUUUCUAGAAGGGAAAAAGAACAAAUAUCAAAAAAUUCUAAAUAAGGCUUCUUCUGAAGCUAAAGAAAAAGCUAAUUUAUUAGGUUCUAACAUAGUUAAAAAAACUUCUUUAUUUAGUGCAAGUUUGAGUAACAAAAUUUCAAAAGGAAUUGAAAAAGCUAAUUCUUAUGCAGAUAAAUUUAAAGGGAGAGUUGAUGAAUUAAUUUCUCUUAAAGAAGAUGCAGGAAUUUCUUAUUUUUUACUUUGUUACUCCGAGAAAAAAGAUCUUUUUAAAAUUUCUCAUGAACUAUACAUUUCUUCUUAUGAUCCCAUCGAGGAACUAACAAAUUUUGUUAAGAUAUUUGAGUUAAAUUGUUCGUCUUCAGAAAGUUUUGGUGCAUAUCAACAUGUUGGAGUUUAUUUAGGAGGAGGAGAAGUUAUUCAUAUCAGAAGAGAUAAAGAUCCAGGAUUUGUCAAAGGUUCAUUCGAAGAUUUUUUAAAAGGAGGCAAAGACAAAAUUUAUGGAUUUAAUUUUUCUCGACAAUCAUCUUUAGUUUUUUUUGGAUCUAAUCUUAAUCCUGGUCAUCUUGUUUUUAAUAUCGGUUCAAGAUUUCAGGAAUUUGUUAAUUCUAUUCCAUUGGGAGGGGAAGCUAUUGUUAAAAAAAUCAUAUCCUGA